AUGCCCUCCUGUCUCGCCUUGUUUCUCCUACUGUGUCUGUCCCUGAAGGUGGUUGCUGCUGAGACACCGGAGCCUACCCGUCACUCUGAAGAUGAGCCCUGGUUGAUUUUGAGCCUGAAGGAAGGACAGUCCCCAGAGACUUCUUUCCAGCAGUUGGUACAGGAGGUGAAGAGAGGAAAGACAAGACAAUUCUAUGGACUAAUGGGAAAACGGGCAAGAGGGAAGUCACUGAUCCAGUCAGUGAAGCACAACGGGUGUGAGGAGAUGCUGCCAGAGGAGCAAACUAGCCGUAUGGUGGAGGAGGCUGCUAUUACUUUGACUUGCACGACCACAACAGCGACAGCAGACAAAUAA